AUGUUCUCGUUAGGAGGGCUAUUCGUACUGUGGCUAAUCGACGUCGUUUUGAUUGCUCUGCAGCUUCUUCAACCUGCAGACGGCUCACAGUACAUCAUGAACUAUUACGGACCUCGCGUCUCCGCCCUCAGAUUUGGCAGAAAGAUGGCAACGGAUCAACAAAUGCAAAUGGUAGCGGAGCUAGAAAUGGAAAUGAUGUCUGAUAUGUACCGGCGAAUGACUACAGCCUGUCAGGAAAAGUGCAUAGCUAAUACAUUCAAGGAAGGAGAGCUAACUAAGGGUGAAGCUGUGUGUUUGGACCGUUGUGUUGCCAAAUAUCUUGAUGUACACGAAAAGUUGGGAAAACGGUUAACAACUAUAUCUCAAUCUGAUGAGGCUGCUCUCCAGAAGAUGAGCCAAUCGGACCAAUAG